AUGGCCCCUGAUAAGAGAGAAAAGAAGCGCAAGGCGCCUGUCGUUAGCGACCCGCCUGCCAAAAAGACCAAGAAGGUCGAGGCCAAAGCCGCCGAGGCCACUAAGAGCGAUGCCCCCAAGUCAAUUUUGAAGAAGAAGGAGAAUAGCACCGCAAAGGACUCCAAGACCAAGGCCGCAUCCAAGACCAAUGGCGAGUCUGCUCGUCAAGUCAAGCCUCGCAAGCGCGCUUCCGACUUCCUCAGCGACGAGGAGAAUGAUGAGCCUGUCGCUCCCGCUCCCAAGAAGGCCUCGAACAAGAAGUCCAAGAAGGAAGAGACCGCUCCCUCUCCGGCCGCUAAGAAGGCCGCUCCCAAGGCCAAGAAGGUUGAGGCCCCAGUCGAGUCCGAGGAAGAAGACGAGGAAGAUAUCCUGUCUAUGCCUUCUGAAAGUGAGGAAGAGAUCGACGAUGCCGAGGAUGAUCAGACUGCUGCCCUUAUCAAGGGCUUCGAGAGCAGCGGUGAUGAAGACGAGUCUGGUGACGAGGGCUACAACCCCGACAAGCCGGUCCCUAAGAUUCCCGAUACCAAGAAGGCACAGAAGAAGAUCGCGAAGCAACAGAAGGGCGAUGCUCCGGAGGAGCCCGGUACCGUCUACGUGGGACGCAUUCCCCACGGUUUCUACGAGCACCAGAUGCGCGCCUACUUCUCUCAGUUCGGCGAGAUCACUCGUCUUCGUCUCUCUCGCAACCGGUUGACUGGUCGCUCAAAGCAUUACGCCUUCAUCGAGUUCGCCUCCGCUACUGUUGCUAAGAUUGUCGCCGAGACCAUGGACAACUACCUGAUGUACAGCCACAUCCUGAAGUGCAAGUACGUUCCAACGGAGUCGCUUCACCCCGAUGUCUGGAAGGGUGCCAACCGUCGCUUCAAGCGCACUCCGUGGAACCGCAUCGAGAAGAAGAGACUCGAGAAAGGCAAGAGCCGUGAGCAGUGGACCAAGCGCAUUGAGCAGGAGCAGCGCAAGCGCCAGGCUAAGGCUGACAAGCUCAAGGCUCUCGGUUACGAGAUCGAGUUGCCCCAGCUCAAGAGCGUGGAUGAAGUCCCUGUCCAGGAGCCCAAGACCAUUGAGGCUUCCGAGACCCCAGCCGAGACCCCAGCCGAAAAGCUCGUGAAGGCUGUUGAGGCCCCUGCUCCCACCGAAGAUACCCCCAAGACCAAGAAGGGCAAGAAGGUCGAUCAAGAGACGCCCAAGAAGGAGGCUGCUGCUGAGUCACCUGCGGCCACCAAGACCAAGAAGAAGGCUAAGAAGGCUACCAAGACCAAGGCGUAA